AUGGCUAAAGCUAAAGCAACGAGACGCACGCUCGACUCCUACACUGUUAAACCCAGCAACAAAAUCAUUAAACCCGGAGAUUGCGUGUUGAUGCGACCAUCGGAUCCGUCGAAGCCCUCAUACGUGGCAAAGGUUGAGCGGAUCGAAUCCGACGGUAGAGGACUCAACGCCAGGGUACAUGUGCGGUGGUAUUAUCGCCCGGAGGAAUCAAUUGGUGGCCGCCGGCAGUUUCAUGGCUCAAAGGAGGUUUUUCUCUCCGAUCAUUAUGAUAUUCAGAGUGCAGAUACUAUUGAAGGAAAGUGUACGGUUCAUAGUUUCAAGAGUUAUACGAAGCUUGAUGCUGUCGGAAACGAUGAUUUCUUUUGUCGUUUUGAGUAUAAUUCGUCUACUGGGGCUUUUAAUCCUGAUAGAGUUGCCGUGUAUUGUAAAUGUGAGAUGCCUUACAAUCCGGAUGACUUGAUGGUUCAGUGUGAAGGCUGUAGUGAUUGGUUUCAUCCUGCUUGUAUAGAAAUGAAUGCAGAGGAAGCUAAAAGACUUGAUCAUUUCUUCUGUGAGAAUUGUUCAUCUGAAGGCCAGAAGAAGUUGCAGAAUUCACAUAAUACCAGACAAUCAGAUGCGAAGGUGGAAACAAAGAGGCGCCGAAGGCUUCAAGCAAACACGGAGGCAAAGAUAUCUGCAUCACAAGCUGUUGUAUUUCUGAGUUAA